GCAUGCCCUGAUUUUCUUGAGAGAACGAUCAACAUCACACAGUGCACCAGCCUGAUUCGUUUUGAUGAGCUGUAUGACAACUCCUACCUCUCCUUUUGCAGGUCUCUCAACGCCAGCCUGGAAUGUUCGCAGAAGUGUCUGGAGGUUGUGAUCUGUUCUCUCAGCUGUUCUACGACCUCUUACCAAAGGGCGUUGACCAAACGGCCAGCGCUAUCUGUACCUCAGGCUGCGAUAACUUUAACGAGGCGCUCAGCAUCUUGGAAACAUGCAAAAGUUACGUGGCCAAUUUACCUGAAGAUCUUGAUGCUGCCUGCAGCGCCUACCGUCAGUUUCGCACGUGCCUGUACUCUAGUGACGUGCCGCUCACGUGCCCGAUGUUCGGGGCCCUGAUGGACGUCCUGUACCCGCAGCACAUCUUCGGCCUGUACGAGGAGCAGUGUAACGAUACCAGAGCGGACCAAGACACGUGCGGAGAGAAGGGCGUGGCCAAGAUGGACCACUGUCUCCGGGUCCUGGCCUUGGCCUGGCCAGCAAGCACGGACACACCUGUCCUCUCGAUGGACCAGUGCAGUGACUUCAGAAGCGCACUGCGUUGCCUCGAGAGUUCGGGCUUCAACGAAUGCCCCAGCCUGCAGCUCUACUUCAGCCAACGCACCGCCGACAAGCGGAAGCACAAGGAGAUCCUAGAACGAGGCUGCGCAGACUUACCGGAACUGCAGGGCGGCGAUAGCUCCGCAGCAAAAGUUCACUUGAUGAGCUCCCAGGCAGCUGCAUUUACUUCCCUUGUCACCCUUCUUGCUGCGGUUGUUGGUAGAUGAGAGAAGAUACCAGCGCCAUUGUAUGAUUGUUUUGUUCCAUCAUUUUUGGGGGGAUUUCUUUCCAUUUUUGUUUUUUUUACGGUGUGUUUGUGUGUGUGUGUGUGUGAAAGAGAGGAGUGAGUGUCCUGGUGGACUGGUGGUGCACUUUGUCGUGAAAACAUCGUUGGUGACACAAGUCAACGAAGCCAAAUAUUUAAGCAAGUUUGCCUAAAGUUUUUAUAUCACAGUCAUGUGUAAACAACUUUGCUGAGGUCGGUCAACUGUUUGCCCAUAUUUAUAGUUAAAAACGAUCUUAAAAUCUGUCGCAAUUGUCAUGUAACUGCUGGAAUAAUCUCCCCCUGUCUCCUGUUGCCCUUGUCUCCUUGCGCCAGAUGUCGCCUUUGCAUUCACGUUGUUGGGGCUGGCCUUUGCUUGCAGGGUCUCACCCCUACCGAUAUUUUAUUAUCACUUUUAGUUCUGCAAGAAAAUUUUGUUUGGUAUAUACAAAAUACUGGGAAAUAUUGAUACUUAGCUGAUGAAAACAGUGGGUGAUAAUAUCCGGGACAUUUUAUGGACAUUUUAUUCUAUUUGAUAACAGAGGACACCGUGUUAAACUCAAGCUUCCAAAAUGAAGAAAAUCCAAUUGAUACCUUAAUUACUGUAUUAUAUUAUUAUUAUUAUUAUUAUUAUGAGAGUGUGUUAUACCCUGAAAGAUGAACGAAAAGACGAAGAAAGUGAAUAAAGUGGAAGUACUUGUAUACAGAAAAAUAUGUAUAACAUGUAAAACAUCUUUCAUCUUUAUUGACUUAUCUCUUUUUUAAAAAUCUUUAAUUACUUUGUAUCUUAAACGAUUUUUUAGUUUCUGUCGUCCUGUCUUGUUUUGUUACUUGUUGCUACUUUAUGUCUUGUUUUCAUUUUA